CAACGAACCGAAGCGCGCGUUCCUUUCUGUCUCUCCCAAGUUUACGAAGCACACAGCGUUUCUUUUGUUUUAAAUAGAAUUCGAACGUUUAGUUUUUUUUUAUUUGAUGGUUUUGUGCCAGUUAUGAAAAUUAAAAAGUGGAAGUUAUAAAAAAAGUUUGUAAUAAGUGAAUGAUGUAGUGAUUUAUAAAGAACUUUUCUUUCGAUGCCUGUUCUCCACGCAAGGACGAUGUGGUCCCGCAAGCAGUCGGUGUGCAGCGCAGUCAGCGGCGCGUCCAAAGGCGACGAUGCGGAAGCCUUCGCAAGCGGCCUGCAGAUAUACCCCUUCGCUAUAGCUCUUAGAGUUAGAGUGCUACAGAUAGUCUGCGGUAUCGGCGGGCUGGUGGUGGGUGCAGUAGGCUGGCUGGAGGAGCGGCAGAAACCGAUGCUGGGGCUCGGAGUACCAGCCGGGGCCGUUACUGUAUUGGCUGCAGCAACGUCGGUGUACUACAGCCGAGGGUUUGGCGGCUGGGCGUCGGCGCGGGCGCGGUCGAGCCGGCGGUGGGGCGCCCCCUGGCGGGCCCUGGGGCCCUCGCCGUGCGCCGCGGUGCCCCUGACCACGCUAUGGACGGCGGCCCUGGCUGCGCAUGUGGCUAUGCUGGUUUUUUGCAUCAGAUCCUUGAUGAAUAUUGGCUGCGGCAGCACAACGUGUAUAGGCGUAGCCGCGGCCCAGCUGACGGUGUCGGUGGCCACUUUAGCAGCAGCUGUCUUCAUGCUACAGCUAGACCUGCGGUUCGACGCCGCUCUAUCGCCGCCUCCGAGGCCAUCUGAUGCACAGAUAUGCACUGCUGUGUCUAUGACCUGCGGUUCGACGCCGCCUCCGAGGCCGUCUGAUGAACAGAUAUGCACGGCCGUGUCUAUGGUGCCCCUCACCUCAGUAGCGAUCACAAGCGGCAAUAGUGGAGACGGCAACAAUGAUCCCUCAGGCAGUCCCCUCAGUAAGGACAAGGAACCCCCGGCUGACCCGGUUACCUGA